GGGGCCAGGAGGGAGGAGACACUUCGCCUCCAGGAGACGGUGGGGCUGGGAACCUCCGCCAGGAAUCUGCGGCGCGGUCCCUUUCCGGGUCCCCUUCGCUGCGGUCUCUGCCCCGCGCUGCGCCCCGGAGGGCUUGGAGUGCUCAGGAACCCUGGGGGAAGCUCGAUUCCAGGUCUCCCAAACAGGAGGCCCCUGACACCCAAGCAGAGGACCAUCUUCUGGGCACGCCAGUCCCUUCCAGUGGCUACACACAGGGGACCGCUGGUGUCUACGGGCACACACUCCCCGCCCUGCACGCCCCGGGUUACCCCUGCUGCCGGCGCCAGAUCCCGCCCCCCAGGGCUGCACCGAGAGGGUCUUCAGCGGCGUCUUUAAGGCUGUGGUCCCCGCCCCUCCCUCUCUCCACCCUCCUCCCUCUCGCUGCGGCUCCUCCUGCUCUCCCGCUACCCUCCUCCCCAGAGCCUGGAGGCCGGGAGCGAGCGACACGGGGAGCAGGUGCCGCCGAGCCCUUCGCAUGCGGCUGCCGGCUCCGAGGUGGUAGCGGCGCCGGGAGCGCUCCGCCCGCCCCUCCUCCGGGCCGCACUCGGGCUCCGGCGCGCGGGGACAUGUCGGUGGUGACAGGCAGCAGCGAGGCGGCCGGUGGGGCUGGCAGUGGUGGCGCGCGGGUUUUCUUCCAGAGCCCCCGGGGCGGUGCCGACGGUAGUCCGGGCUCCAGCAGCGGAUCGGGCUCCUCCCGGGAGGACUCGGGGCCGGUGGCCACGGCGACCGCUGCCGGGCAGGUUCAGCAGCAGCAGCAGCAGCGGCGCCACCAGCAGGGAAAAGUGACGGUGAAAUACGAUCGCAAGGAGCUUCGGAAGCGGCUGGUGCUGGAGGAGUGGAUCGUGGAGCAGCUGGGUCAGCUGUACGGCUGCGAGGAGGAAGAAAUGCCAGAGGUGGAAAUUGACAUUGAUGAUCUUCUUGAUGCAGACAGUGAGGAAGAGAGAGCUUUAAAAUUACAGGAAGCUCUUGUAGACUGCUACAAACCAACAGAGGAAUUUAUCAAAGAGCUGCUUUCUCGGAUAAGGGGCAUGAGGAAACUGAGCCCUCCGCAGAAGAAGAGUGUAUGAUUCCAGAACAGGGUGGAACUCUCCCAGAGAUGAAGACAGGGUCCUGGGAUUUGGACUUCAUGAAGACUUUUGUUAAAGAAUAGUUCCUAUGAGCAACUUUUUUUUUUUUUUUUUUUUUUUUUUGGUGUGUGUGGGGGAAUCUAUCAGACAUUUAUUCAAGAAUGUUCUUUUUUUGGGUUUGUUUUUGAAAGGUUUUUGCCACUGUAAUAUUUUAAUAGCAAAGAUACCACGACUCAGUCUAUCCAAGGAUUAUCAAAGCAGGUGGACAUCCAAGGAUGGGCCGGGUCAGGCAGCACUUUCUGCAAGGACUCAGAUAUUUAGUACCUUAUGAUACUAAGGUAGUAAUGGAAGAUGGUUUUCUUACAACUGAUUUGUAAUACUUUUUUCUUAAGUUGUCUAUUUGACUCAGCUGACAAAUUUCUUGUCCUUGUAUAUAUCUACCCACAACUAAGUUAAAAUGUAGAUGUGAGUUUUGUUUCACAAGGAUGGAA